UCGCGCUGAAGUACAGGACGGAAAUAGAAGGCUGGUUAAAAGCUUCUUCCUUUCCUCCCUACAACCGCCGGCCUCUGUGCAGCUUCGUGCCGUAAGUUUAUUUUCCAGAGCCUGACUGACUCCUCCCAGCCCUGGAUACGAGCAGAGGAAGAGGACAGUGAGAUCUGCAGCAGGAAUGCAGACUGCAGGCCCACACAUGUCGUCCUGCAGUCAUCCCAGCACAUGACUCCCCUCAGAACAUCUGACAGAACACCAGGGCUGCUGAGAGGACAUGAGGGGCUACCGGGGCAUCAAAUAUACUUUAUUCAUCUUCUGCUACUUCUUCUGGGUGGUGAGUGCCAUUCUGAUCGCGGUGGGGAUCUAUGCAAAGAUCGCUAAAGAGAAAGAUGUAGUUGACACAGUGACAUUUGACCCAGCUCUACUGUUGAUGGUCAUCGGUUCGGUGAUGUUCCUCAUCACAUUCCUGGGCUGCUUUGGAGCGCUGCGUAACGCCACCUGCCUGCUGAAAGCGUUCCUGGGGAUCCUGGCUGCCAUCUUCCUCCUGCAGAUCGCAGCUGGAGUUGUGGGAUACAUCUUCACUGACAUGGUGAUGGAGAGAACAGAAAAGCUGAUGAUGAAGGCCAUCAUCCGCUACAGGGAGGAUCGGGACCUGGAGAACGCCAUCGACUUUGUCCAGAAGAAGUUCCAGUGCUGUGGCAUAGAAAGCUACCAGGACUGGUCACACAACGUCUACUUUGAUUGUUCUGAUACCAAUCCCAGUCUGGAGGCCUGCGGCGUUCCUUUCUCCUGCUGCAUCCACCUACAAAACCAGACGGUCCUCAACACCAUGUGUGGCUUCGGGAUGCACGUGAUGGACAAGACAUCGGCCAGUCUUCACAUCUUCACCACUGGAUGCCUGGAGAAGAUCGUGUGGUGGGCCAAGAACAACCUGCUGCUCGUGGCCGGUCUCACCGCUGGACUGCUCCUGCUGGAGGUGUGUAUGAUGUCUCUAGCUGCUGCACAAAUCUCCAGGAUAAAGAAAGUUGAACGACAAAAGACAACCGCUGGAAGACACUUGGAGAGGAAGGACAGCCUCUGGUAUCCCGCCUUUGCAGACUUUGAUGGGGAAUAAAAUCCACCACUGUGAAAUGUGAAUGUGAAAUCAACAAUUAAAAAAAGAAAAAUCUGACAGAUGUUGAAAAGGUGCAGGAAGAUGCAUACUUCCUGCAUGCAUGCUACUGUGAAUGUGAAGAUUUUGGUGAGAUUUGAGGUUCCUCUGAGGUUCAUGAACUACUUACUACCUCAGAUGUGACGCUGGGGCUAAUGAGCCCCCUCUCUACCAAGCUCUUGCGUUACUGAAAUACAUCAGUGCAAAACUCUGAGAUGGUCUGUUUGUACAGUUAACGGCACAAAAGGCCAUGCAAUCUUCAUAUUAACAAUGAUUAUGGUCUGUUAACUUUAUAAAAGCAAUGACAUGUAGAUGUUUGAAGCUAUAAACUCUAAUCAAGCUAUCGCCUACAAAACCCUAAUUAUGCAUCUUAUGGUUGUAUAUAAUGUUGUCUAAUAAAAUGAUAAAAGUUUAUCUUGGUACAGUCAUGGAUGUAAAUCUAACUGUCCAAAAUGU